AUGAAUGUUCCUCUCUACCUCUUGACCUUCGCUCACUUGCUUUGCGCCGCCGCCGGAGAGGAGCGCGUCUCCCUGGAGAGCCAACUUCUGGAGGAGGGGAUCCGCUCGGGACGCAGGACGUGCAGGCUCUACUGCCGGGUGGGCAUCGGCUUCCAUCUGCAGAUUCAUCCGGACGGCAGAGUCAACGGCAGCCAUGCGCCCAACCAGCUGAGUGUCCUGGAGCUCUUUGCGGUGGUCUCAGGGGUCAUCGGCAUCAAAGGGGUCUUCAGUAACAGAUUCCUGGCCAACAAGAGAGGACGGCUCCACGCCACCUGUGUAGAGCAGCAGGAGAAUGUCUGGAGCAUCCAGGUGAGGGUAGAGCAGCCGGACGCUGGACAUGAUGCAUGA